AUGACGGAACAGAUUACGAGCACUGAGCGGCAUGACGCGGUUAGCGGAACUGAGGAGAUGCUGCUCCACAAGACGUCCGCUGACCUGGCUUUGGGGUCUGUGCAGAAGACCAGCCCCUCUGAGCCUCAAAAACAGGAGUGGCAGAUCAAGGCGGGAGUGCCAGGGGAGCCUGCCAAGGAGGACCCGGCUGUGGACGUCAGCCCUGCAGUCGAGGCCUCCACCGGCGGCCAGUCGCUGAAGGAGCAGGUGGACUCCCUGGAAACGGUGCUGAUGCAGCACACCCAGGCCCUGCAGAUGGUUGCCGAGCUGCUGGUCAAUGUCCAGGCCCAGGCCGCAGCAGAUCGCAUCCGCGCGGCUCAGCAGUAUGUGAAGCUGACCGAGGAGCUCAAAGCUGCCCCCAGCAGCACCAAGACGGCGCUGGGCUGGAUCGUCGCGAUGCUCGUCGCGGUGCUCAGCUUCGUCCUCAUGCGCGUGCCUGGGGUGUUAUAG